AUGGCCGGGACGGUGAGAGAGUGGACCCUGGUACUUCAUGGCACCUCGGAGCCACCGUACUCCACCCGGCGGGAGAAGGCGCGGUCAGCUGACAUGGCGACGGGUGGCGGCGGCGGCGGCGGCGGCGCUGAUGACCUCACCGAUGAAUACAGCGGGCCGUGUGACCCCGAGUGCAGCGACGACGGCUGCGAGGGUCCGGGCCCCCAGCAGUGCGUCAUGUGUUUGCACUUUUUCCUCAAGUUCAAGAACAACACAAGGUCUUGCGUCUCGGCGUGUCCGGCCGGCUCGUGGGGCGACCGGCGUCGCUGCAAGCGGUGCUUCCCGACCUGCGGGAGCUGCAGCGGCAGCCGCAGCGACCAGUGUGUCACGUGCCAGCCGGGCCACCACCUCAGCCAUGAGACCCCCGGUCUGUGCGUCACCAGCUGUGAGGCGGGCGGUUACCUGGAUCACGAUGCAAAUACGUGCAAGAAGUGCAGCGAAAACUGCUUGAAGUGCACCUCUUCCAGCAUCUGCACAGAAUGCAAACCAGGCACAAGUCUGCAGGGAAACCGGUGCCAGACGAGCUGCGGUCUGGGCUUCUACCUGGACACCGAGGACAACACCUGCGAGCCCUGCGACCGGGCCUGCGCCACCUGUGCAGGUGGGGGGGUGGAGGCGUGUGACCAGUGUGCGGCGGGCUACCUGAUGGAGGAGUGGAGGUGUGUGUCGUCCUGCAGCCCCGGCUUCUACCUGGUGGGGACCGGGGGGCCCGAGGAGACCGCCUCCAGUCAGGGGACGUGUAGGAGGUGCGACCCCAGCUGCGGGACGUGUUCGGGGCCGGUUGGGGACCUCUGCACCAGCUGCUCCGGGGGCCACAGCCUUCACGAGGGCGCCUGUGUGCUGAGCACCGUGUGCGGGGACGGUUUGUACCAGCAAGAGCAGGGGCCCUGCCAGCCCUGCGACCAGACCUGCGUGAAGUGCGCGGGCCCCGGGAGCCACCAGUGCAUCAGCUGUGCUUCUUCACGCUUCCUAGACGAGGGGGCCUGUGUGGAGGCGUGCCCCCCAGGGCGGUACGGCUCCGGGGGCCGCUGCCACCUGUGUGACCAUACCUGCGCCACCUGUGUGGACGACGGGGCAGCCAGCUGCUCCAGCUGUGACAUGGAUAAGUUCCGGUUGGACCGCUACCUGUUCGAGCGCCAGUGUGUGCAGACCUGCCCCGAGGGCUUCCACCACAGCCGCAACCAGACCUGCGAGGCCUGCCCCGCCCACUGCCAGCUCUGCAGCGGGCCGGGCCGCUGCCUGGCCUGCAACGCCUCCUUCUACCUCUCGGAGGGCGUGUGUGUGAAGCAGGAGUGCGGGGAAGGGGAAGUGGAGGAUCCAGAUUAUGAUGACUGCAUGGCGUGCGAGGAGGGCUGUAAAAAGUGUGUCCUGUAUAACCCCAGGCACUGUCUGUCCUGCACCCAGGGCUUCUACAACUUUCAGGAUGGCUGCUACAAAUACUGCCCGGCUAAGACGUACAGCGUGGAGGCCGAUAUGACCUGCGUGCCCUGCGAUCCGAGUUGUGUGAGCUGCGAUGCGCACCAGUGCUACUGGUGUGAGACGGACCUGUUCUUAUCGGAGGGAGUGUGCGUUGCGGCGUGCCUGGACGGCGCCUAUGCGGACGACGACACCCACGUGUGUGAGGAGUGUCAGCCGGGCUGCCUGACCUGCGCCGGGCCCGAGGAGGAAGACUGCCUCUCGUGUGCGGCGGGGAAGCGGCUGGCGGGAGGAAGGUGCGCUGCCGACCAGGUGGUCUGUCCUGGUAGGACCUUUCAAGGCGAUGAUGGAGUUUGUAAGGAAUGCCAUCCUGUCUGUGAGACCUGUUCUGGGAGGGAGAGAAACCAGUGUACAACAUGUGGCAAAGGCCGCUACCUGACCCGGCAGCGGACGUGUGUGUCCCGGUGUCCCCCGGCCAGCUUUGAGGACGUGGCGCGGGGUGUGUGCCAGGCGUGCGCCCCCGGCUGCGUGCAGUGUGAGGACGCCCAGCGCUGCCUCCACUGCCAGCCCCCCCUCCAGGCAGCAGCAACCUGGCUGCUGCAGGGCGGGACCUGCGUCCACCAGUGUGACAGGGGGUACGCCGUGGGCCAGGUGUGUCACAGCUGCGCCGAGGGCUGUGCGUCCUGCGGGCAGAACAGCACCCACUGUCUGAGCUGCCAGCCCCCCCUCCUGCUGCUCCAGACGCGCUGCGUGUCCACCUGCCCCCCCGACCACCUCGCCCAGGGGGGGGGCUGCCUACGCUGCCCCCCCGCCUGCCAGCGAUGCACCCCGCCCGGACAGUGCACCGAAUGUGAGGAGUACCACUUCCUCCACGAAGGCCACUGUGUGCUCGACUGUCCCGAGCGUUUCUACGACGACGCGGAUCAGAGGGUCUGCGGGGGCUGCCACCCCACCUGCCUGCUGUGUGACGGACCCGGCAGCAACGACUGUGACACCUGCUCCGACCCCGACGCCUCCCUCCACAACGGGGCGUGUCGGCCCAGAUGCCCCGCCCACUUCUACCGGGACGCCCUCACUGGAGAGUGCAAAGAGUGCGACCCCUCCUGCCUGACCUGCCUGGGCCCUCGCCCCGACUCCUGUGUCAGCUGCCAGUCGCACCAGAGGCCCGACGACAGGGGCCGCUGCCUGCCGCCGGCCCCCCACUGCCCGCCCCACCGCUACCUGGACCAGCACGGGGAGUGUAUCCUCUGUCACCCGUACUGCCACCAGUGCUCCGGCCCGGGGACCACCCACUGCUCUGCCUGCCACCCCAAGCACAUGCUCCUCAACGGCUCCUGCGUGGACUCGUGCCCUACCGGCUACUACCAGGACGACAGGGAGCACCGAUGUGAUCCGUGCCACCCCUUCUGUUUGUCCUGCACGGGCAAACACAGCCAUGAGUGUGUCCGCUGCAAAGCCCACCUCCUAAGGCAGGGCCAGGACUGCGUAGAGAGCUGCCCGGCCAGUCACUAUAGCGACGCAGCGUCCCAGGCGUGCCAUAGGUGUGACGCGGCCUGCGGGGAGUGUCAGGGCGGAGGGGACAGCGAGUGCCUGAGCUGCGCCCCCGGUCUCCUCUACCUGCGGAGCCAGCGCCGCUGCCUGCACACCUGCCCGCCGGACCACCACCGCGACCCCACCCACCACCUCUGCGAGCCCUGCCACGGCAGCUGCAAGACCUGCAUAGGUAAAGAGGCACGCAGCUGCGAGUCCUGUCACGACGGCUACAGCUUUACGAACGGCGCCUGUCAAUCCAUGUGCGCGUUUGGACAGUAUCCAACACUACAGGACUCCGGUAACGGCUGUGAGGACUGCCACGGCUCCUGUCUGGAGUGCCGGGGCCCUGGCGAGGGGAACUGCACCGAGUGUCCUGUGCUGGCCAUCUUGGCAGCCGGAGGGCGCUGUUUGCCCUGCUGCCGUCUUCAGGAGCCCGAAGAAGAAGGAGAGGACGGGGCCUCGCGCAGGAGCGCGGUGUCCCCUGGGGGUCCGUCACAGCAUCAGCAGCAGGACUGUUGUAACUGCACCGAGACUCAAGGGGAGUGCAUUCUCGGCACCAACUCUGCCUUCAGGAACGAGGAGGAAGAGGACAAAUCUGGCGGCAACCUGGCCCUCUUCGUCACCAGCGGCCUCCUGCUGCUCCUGGGCCUGGGAGGCCUCGUCAUCUUCAUCAGACACUCGCGCUCCAAGACCACCUCGCAGCCUGACAUCAUCAUACCGCGUGGCUACGAGAAGCUAGGCGGCGGCGGCGGCGCCUUCUCGAAUUCCGCGGGCGGGGGUUCGUCCUCCCACCAGUCCCAGCUGGUCGACCUCAGUGGGAGGGGCAAAGGCGCCGCGGACGACGACGACGACGACGAAGACGACGAGGACGAAGACGAGGACAUCGUGUAUAUGGGCCAGGACGGCACGGUGUACAGGAAGUUCCGCUACGGACGGCCCGGCGAGGACAAUGAGGACGAGCUGGAGUACGACGACGAGAGCUACGCCUUCCGGUGAAGCGGAGGAGCCCUGACGCGGUGGGGUGGGAGUUUUGUCCUUUUGACGUGUCUUUGCUUCCACUGCCGCACUUUGUCUCUCGCCCCCUCUCCCUCUCUCUCUCUCUCUCUCCGAGCUGAUCGCCGAGAGCCGCAUUCUCCGCUGUAACUGCGGAGCCGAGCGAGACGAAGACGGUAGAUGAAAAGCGGUUUAUAACGAGCUGGUGUGUAUUGUGUCGCUUUUUUUCCAUUCACAAAAAUAUGCUAAAUGUGUGACAGGAAUAUUCUUGGGUGCCUUGCAGUCUGGGGAAAUGUGAAUAUUCCCUCCGAUAUGAAAGAUAGUCUUCAUGGGCGUUCACACUCCUGCUUUGUGAAUUUUUUCCUCUAUCAUGUUAUUUAUCUUUUAGACGCUUGUGGUGUUGAAGUGGCACUUUAAAGUAGCUAUCAUUUUUUUUCUGUUACGCACUCUCCCUUGUUUGCUGAGGUGGCUUUUAAUUAGAAAAUGCACUGGUGUUCAAUUCAAAUAAACUCUCCUACUUUUA